AUGGAUGACUUCACUGCAGAGAUGUUCGCCUCGGGGCAUGUCUUUGACUCCUCCGAGGGCUCGAGCCAGCGCCGUAACAAUGGCCGUGAUGAUAACGAUGAUAAGAAGCUUGAAUCAGACUCCCAUGCGCCCGCGCAGAAGACGGGCUUGCGUGGAGGAUUUGCAGCUAUUCGCCAAAAAGCUAGCUUACAAGAUCGCUUAGUAGAAAAACUUUUACAACAAGUUAUACCUACAGAUGGCGAUGAUCAGUCCGACGUCCACUUUGUGGGUGAUGAACAGGAGGCAACUCAUACUGAAAGACCAAACUUCAACAUCACCACCAUGUCUUAUAACUUCCGCCGGUUCAACGCUCGAAUAGGCGUCGUUUUUAAGUUCCAAGGGCGCGUCGAACGUAUUCUAUUAUGGAAGCGUGCAUCGCAUACUCUAUCGCUCCUCGCUGUCUACAGCUUCGUCUGCUUAGAUCCAUAUCUCCUAUGUGUUCUACCUAUCGCCAUCCUUUUACUAGGUGUCUUUAUCCCCGCGUUCCUGGCCCGACAUCCAGCACCGCCGAAGGGUACGCUAUCAAGUGAGCAGAGUGUUGGAUAUUCCCCCCAAGGACCGCCUUUGGCACCCGCAGCGACAGUGAAACCAGUUAAAGAGCUCAGCAAGGACUUCUUUAGAAACAUGCGUGACUUACAGAACUGCAUGGACGACUUUAGUCGAGGCCAUGAUCAGGUUGUCGCUCUGCUCGUGCCGGUCACGAACUUCAGUGAUGAAGCUCUCAGCUCUACCCUCUUUUUGUUUCUGACAGCGGGAGGUAUAUUCAUGACCGUUGCGGCACAGAUCAUCCCCUGGAGAUUUAUAUUUCUUCUUAGUGGCUGGGCUAUCGUGGGUAUGGGACACCCGUACAUCGGCCGACUUCUCGCUGCGGCUCAUCGCGAGCGUCUAAAACCGCAGGAGGCGAAAGCACGAUCAUGGCUAGACAGCUGGAUCAGCUCGGAUGUCAUCCUCGACUCAAGCCCUGAGACGCGUGAAGUUGAAAUCUUCGAGCUGCAGCGCAAGACCUCUGGCGGUGGCGAAUGGGAGCCCUGGCUGUUCAGCCCGUCUCCUUACGAUCCGCUCUCACAGGCUCGUAUCGCAGGCGAACGUUCCCGCGGCUCACGAUUCUUCGAAGAUGUUAUGCCGCCUGAUGGCUGGGAAUGGAGCGAGAAGAAGUGGGCGCUGGAUCUCUGGAGUCGCGAGUGGGUUGAAGAACGCAUCAUCACAGGCGUUGAGGUUGAGACAGAAGGCGAGCGUUGGGUGUAUGAUAUAUGGGAUGAGCGGGAUGAGCGCACGGGUGUUGUAGACCUCGCUGCAAACGAAAAAGGAAAACAGAAGGCGAAGCCAAGUUGGGAGGAGAAUGAAGAUGGCAGUGGACGAAGAGGAGAUUGGAGACGACGACGAUGGGUCAGACUGGUGAAGCGUAGAGCGGCUCCAGUACAGCCAAAUUGA